AUGCAAGUGGCAGAAGGCACGGAGUCUCCAAUUUCGUCCGUUAGUCAUGCAGACAGUGACAAUGGGGAGGAGGAAUCGUGCCCGCGCAUCGCACUGAUAACUGGGAUAGACCAGAGUCGGCGGCAUAGAACUGCCUUCACACGAGAGCAGCUGUCGCGCCUUGAACAGGAAUACUGCAAAGAGAGUUAUGUGUCACGAGCCAGACGAUGUGAAUUGGCGGCUGCGCUCAACUUACCCGAAACCACUAUAAAGGUCUGGUUUCAGAACAGACGGAUGAAGGAUAAGAGGCAGCGCCACAGUCUGAGCUGGCCUCACCCACUGGACCCAAACCUGUGUGCCUUCAUGUUGAGCCAGGCAGCAGCAGGGCUGCCAUACCCCAUGCUGCCUCACCUUCCUCUACAGCUGUACUCGCGCCUGGGCAUGGGCAGUAUGUCUCCCCUCUCCACGCUGUCCAGCCCCUACAGUGCUGCUGCCACCCUAAGACCACUGGACACUCUGCGCUUUCCACACUCGCAUUACCCUAGGCUGGGUGGGCUUCCAUCUCCAGUACUCUACCCGCCUGUGCACACAAUGCAGCAUCCAGCAGCUUGCCCCUGCUCCUACUGUCUCCAUUGGGGACCAGACCAGCUGCUUAAAGCCAGGGGGGUGCCCAGUUUUGGAGUAACUCUGGGCAGCACCCCAAAACCCUCAGCUACCCUGUUAGAAUACAGAGAAGAAGUACCAUUGCCACAGUGA